AUGUUCGUCCACGAAAAACUCAGCCAUCAGUUCCCAGACACAGUGUACACCGCCGUUGCCCAUCCUGAGCAGCAUGCGGGUUUCCACUACACAGGGUUCCAUCCUGGAAAGACCCAUCGGCUUCCCAGGGGCCAUGUUAAGCUGCCCGGUUUCCAAGCUUUCCCAGUAGAUGUGAUUUGGGAACAAGACCAGGCAAUUCCAAUGCGGGACGGUAUCAAGCUUUUCGCCGAUAUAUUCCGGCCAGAAGGCGAGCAGGGGCCGGUCCCCGCGAUCAUUCCAUGGAGUCCAUACGGGAAAGUUGGCACGAGUACGCUCAACUACGAUAUCAUGGGCCCUUGGCGUAUUGGAAUACCGUAUCAGCAUCUUAGUGGAUAUGAAACAUUCGAAGGACCGAACCCAGCAGAAUGGUGCUCUAGAGGCUAUGCUAUUGUUGAUAUUGACGCUAGAGGCUCCGGUGACUCGGAGGGCAAUCUGAUGUUCUGGGGUGAACAAGAAGCGACAGAUAUUUACGAUUCCAUCACCUGGAUUUCUCAGCAGUCAUGGUGCAAUGGCUCAGUUGUUAUGAUGGGAAACUCCUGGCUGGCCAUCUCACAACUCAAUUUUGCCUCGCGCUUCAGCCAUCCAAAUCUCAAGGCGAUCGCUCCAUGGGAAGGACUGAUCGACCCCUAUAGACAACAGGCUUGUCGAGGAGGUAUUCCCAAAGCUGGCUUUGGUGAUAUGAUUAUCCGAGGGUUUGCGGGCCGUGGAAAGGCAGAAAACCUGGGUGCCAUGACCAAACUGCGACCUCUGUUUGACAACUACUGGGAAGAGAAACAGAUCAAACCGGCCAACAUUCGCGACAUCCCCAUGUAUCUGACAGCCUCAUACUCCACAGGCCUCCAUUGCGAAGGCUCCUUCCAAGCGUUUGAAACGGCCCAAACCCCUCGCAAGUGGCUCCGAGUCCACGCGACACAGGAAUGGCACGACCUUUACCGACCAGAAGCAACGGACGACUUGCAACGGUUCUUCGACUUCUACGCGAAGGGUUUGCAAAACGGAUGGGAGAGAGAUACACCACGGGUUCGCCUGAGUCUACUGGGCUACGACGGGAGUUGUGCCAAAACUAUUGUAGAACGUCCUGAGCAGAACUGGCCACCUGCUCGUCAGCAUCUGAGUCGAUAUUAUUUGAGCGGGGCCAGCCAGUCUUUGGUUAGGGCGCAACCGGGUACCGCUGCUCGUGUGUCGCACGAAGGCCAUUCUCUGGUUGAUUCCUCUGACUUUGUGUUAUACUUUGACAGAUAUACCGAGCUCUGCGGCCGGCCCUUUGUGAAGCUUUUCAUGUCUUGCGAUGCAGCAGACGAUUUCGACGUGGUAGUGCAGCUUCGCAAAAUCUCAUCUUCUGGCAAACUCCUCGAAUCCUUGAAUUGGACACCGAUGCCAAAGCCUCAGCCAGAGGUCCCAAAUACCAAUGUAGCAAAGCAUCUUGGCCAGCAGGGGAUGCUUCGCGCGUCUCACCAUAUUAGCUUACAGCCCCGUCAAAGUGACAACGAAAUUCCUUUCCACAACCACGAGUCUCGCCAGGCCAUAAUUCCUGGCACAGUUGUCCCUUUGCUGAUCCCAAUAUGGCCGGUGGGAAUGGUCUUUGAGGCGGGGGAAGGUUUGAUGCUUAGGAUUUCGGGCCACGAUAUGGCUCUUCCUGAGACGGAAUCUCUGCGGCCAUCGAGUCCUGUUGAUGAAAAUCAAGGUACACAUACUGUGUAUACAGGGGGAGACUAUGAAAGCUACCUGGUAAUCCCAGGGAUUACGAACUAA